AUGGAGAAAAAGGUGGCUGCGAUUCAAGAAGAGUUAGAAAAGUGGAAGCAGUCAUCUAUAGAUCGUGAACGAGCUUUGAUCGAAGCGCAAUUGCAGCGCGAUUCAUUCGCUGCUCGUCUCACUAACCCCGCCAGUGAAGAAGCGAAGAUCUGGAACGAUCUCAAGGAAAAACUGCUUGAAAGGAUUGAAUGUAUACAGGAUUACGAAGGGUUAUCAAAGGCACAGCUUGAAAUCGACUUGUCAAGUCGUGUAGGUCUGGAAAACUCUAGACUUCGGGAGGAUUUAGCAACAGCAAAUAAGCUGAACGACGCUCUUAGUCUCAAGAUUUCUAUUGCGAACGACGAGCUGAAACAUGAGAUUGACGCUUUGCAAUGGGAGAGGGAUGACUUCGAAGAAAAAGUUCGAAUUCCUGCAAAUGACCAUAAACAAGCGGAUAUCGAACUUCGUGCUACACCGGAAGCUAGCAAUAAAACUGGUUUAGAAUUGAACUGCCUACCGAGUUCUUCAGAAGCACAUUCACCACCUAGAGAUGCCGAGCUCAAGCACGCCUGCCAAUACUGCUCUAAAUUUGGAAAAAUGGGUGCCCAGGGUAGUAAGGUGAACUUUCGGCAAGCCCGGAUUGUUCUCACCUCAAAACCAAGCAAACAGGAUGACGCUUCUUUCUGGGAACGGCUAUGGUCACCUGAUAGUGUUCACAGCGUCAGUGAUGUCUUCGCUAUGAUCCCAGCUGAUGACGUCAGAAAGCUAAGAGACGAUUCGCCAAAAAAUCUUGCUACCUUAUGCUAUAAAACAAUUACAGAAAAAGUAGAUGACCUUGCUUCACUUGAGACUUGUGAGCUUAUCUGGAAAGCAGGAGUUGGAUUUGCAAAUAAGCCGAGCUCCAGCGCCCAGCAUGACCAAAAUCGUACAGAAAUCCUGAAAUUAUUAUUGACUUGCUUCUCGGAAGUUAUCUAUGCGCCCAUAACUGAUGAGAGUCGCCUUCGCUGGGUCGCUCACUUCACAUCUGCUGAAAAUAGGAAUGUGGAAUGUGUUGCCGUUAUUUACCUCAUUGCUGAAUAUUGUCUGCGCUCAAAUCCGGUUGGCAUGGGUCUUCCGUACAAUUAUCUGCUUUUCAAUGAUUUUCGUGAACCACUUGUUGAAGCAAUAAGGUUACUCAGUAACCCGUUACAAUCGACAUAUCUUCCAAACUCUGCUAAAAAAGUAAACUUCCAUCAGGAGCUACUCGUGCUUCUGUGGAAAUGCUGUGAAUAUAAUCAGAAAGUCUUGUUCUACGUUUCAAAAACAUCUGUUGUUCUUGAGAUACUGGUUCCUAUUCUGUACCACAUCACAGAGUCUAGGAAUGAUCCGACAUGCGUUGGUCUAAUUCACAUGGGCGUAUUUCUUGUGCUUUUGCUGAGUGGAGACGCAACCUUGGUGUUCGGCUCAAUAAACCAUGCAUCGCCAAGGCAGCCAUUGAUAUACAAUCCUUCACUGGUACCCAUGCUUUCUUACCAAUCAUAG